CUUGCAUUGCGCCUGGUCAUCAUUUGGAGUGAAAGCAUGAUUUUCUAAGAUGAAAAAAUAAUAUGAAAGUUUGUAAUUAUCUGGAGCUCCAUGGAGGCUAUUUCCCGUACUCUUUUACACACACUCGUAUAUCACCAGAACCAUUAGAACGAUUGGUGGUUACAUUUUACUCGACUUCAGUACAAAGAAAACACGAGGAAACCAUACAUUCCUAUCGCACCGUGUGUUAUUAAACGUACCCAUGGUGUGUUCUUCCUUUUCACGUCUACCAGAAGGAUUGACCUUUGACAUUGCCAAGCUUCAACCAGAGCUCCACGCUCUAAUUCGAUACAGGCGAGUUCUACCCUCCAUCAGUCUGCUGGUUACAAACGAGUUAUAACACACAGACGGGUCAGCAGCCACAGUGAUGGCGCUCACCAACAGAAAGGAUCUGUUGGUCGUCUUGGUCCUGUUUAGUGUGUCCAAUAUAAUACUCGGACAGUCACGUAGGACCAAGUUUGACCGGUGUGGACUUACAUUCACCGUCCCUGGCAUUAACUGUGAGGGUUCUCCCAAACUGUUAAAGGUACUGCAGAGGGCCGUGGAUAACCAGAGUGAUGUCGACAAGAAGAACACCAAACUGAAAACCAGCGUGGCUGAGCUACAAAAGUUUAUAGAAAACUUUAGGGAAACUGUGAACACCGUCAAAGCUGAGGUGGGUGGGCUGAAGAGAGUGGCAUUUUACCCAGCUCCCAACCCUUUGAUAUACGGAGCAGACGACACCACAGCAGAAGACCGGACGCUGGCUCCCCCAGACACCACAGACAUCGUUAUAUCUGAGGAGGCGGGUGAGAAAGGGUUGGAACCGGUGCUAAUCAGACGACCUGGGAGGAGACCAGGACCUGAUGUUUAACAAGUAUGAUUGAAAGAAACUACCCAACACAGAUUUCAAGAGAUUCGGUCUACCGUACCAAGUGAUAUCCCAGAGACACCAAGGACUCGUUUACCAUAUAAAAUGUUGCAUUUCUAACGUGACUUUUAACAAUUGACAAAUCCAAUACCCAGUUGCGUCGUGUAAUCUGAAUUAGGCAAAUACUUUGAUGUAAUUGCAACAUUGCUCGGAAACUAUCUCAAAUAUGAAAACAAUAAAAUACAUCUGUAGAAUAA